AAGCACAAUGUCUACCAAAAGAAUUGAACAUAUAACAUAAAACUCACAAUUAAUAUUUUGGUGUACAAAUUGUGCAUAUUACAUCCCCAUAGUACCAAUUUUCCAAAAUUCGUCUUUAAGUCUCUAAAAUCUCCAAAAUACUCGUGUACGUGUAAUUUAAGUCAGUUAGUAAUUAUUUGCUCUCUAGAAAUGGAGAAUGGAAAAAAAAGGAUGGCUUUGUUAGUAGGAUGCAACUAUACAAACACCCAGUAUCAAUUGCAUGGUUGCAUCAACGACGUUGUUUCAAUGCAAGAGCUGCUAGUUGAUCGAUUUGGGUUCGAGCCUGAAUCAAUCGAGCUCCUAAUAGACGAAGGUCCGGGUUCUAAAUUAUUACCAACUGGUGUUAACAUUAAAAAGGCACUCAAGAAGAUGAUUGAUGAAGCUGAAGCAGGGGAUGUCCUGUUUUUUCAUUAUAGUGGGCAUGGCACACUAGUGCCUUCUAAGCAUCACCUUAAACGAGAAGAAGCAAUUGUUCCUUGUGAUUUCAACCUCAUUACUGAUGUGGACUUCAGACAACUAGUGAAUGGGCUACCAAAAGGAGCAAGCUUUACAAUCCUAUCAGACUCAUGCCAUAGUGGAGGCCUCAUUGAUAAGGAGAAAGAGCAAAUUGGGCCCAAUACUUUACCUCCAACAGCCCAAUAUAACAAAAACUUGGGCCUUAAAAACCCAAACUCCAAAAAAGUCUCAGUUGAGUCUAUUAUGGACCACUUAUCCUCACUUACAAACUUGGUUCAGUCUGAAAUUGGGGCCCAUUUAAUCACACUCUUCGGUGAUGACGCAAGUCUAAAGUUUCGUUUUCCCGAAUUGGACCUAGAUCAGUUUUUUGGGCCUCAUAGGCCGGAUUCUGGCAUUUUGUUGAGUGGAUGCCAGUCCAACGAGACGUCCGCUGACAUAUCUGGUGUUGGGCCCAAUGGUCAGGCCCAUGGGGCCUUCAGCUAUGCAGUCCAGUCUGUGUUAAAAGCCCAACAUGGGUCACUUAGUAAUAAGGAGGUAGUGGUGAUGGCUAGAGAGAUACUUGAGAAAGAAAGGAUUGAGGGACAACAUCCUUGCUUGUAUUGUAGUGAUGAGAAUGCUAAUUCAUCCUUCUUGAUGUGGGACAUAGAAAGUAACAAGUGAUUAGUUGAUCAAAUUGUAGUAUAUUGUUGUAUCUUGUUGAUUAAUAAAAUCCUAUUAUAGAUAAUAUAUUCUUUGAUUCA